UGGCCACCGAGCAGCUCCAUGAUGCUGAAGCGUGUGGCGGACACAUCGUGGCUCCUCUGGCUACUGAGUGUGCUGACCUUGCCGACGGCCGCUGUCGCUCCGCCGGUGCCCCCCAUCCCGGGCAGCCCGCUGUCGGACUGGGAGUACCAGGAGUUCUUUGCGAAGCUUCACCCGCCCUGGCAGGCGAACAUGUUCUGCCUACUGCGCCAGGCAUAUGGCUGCCUCAGCCCCACCAUCCUGCACCUGGACCAGGAGGAGAACCACGGAGAAAUCCCCGAAGGGCCAGUCUGCAGUGAAUUUCCAGAGGUGGUGCAGUUCCAGACCUUCUGCCAGUUCGCCCAGUAUCGCUGCCUCAAACAGCAGUUCUUCAUCAAGGACAAUGCAGAAGACCUUCUCAAGUUCUCUCGUGCACUGUUAGGUCAGAAACCAUCACCCACGAAGCAGCCCACAGCCACGCCAAAGGUGCCCACACCCUGGCAGAAGAGCAGGACUAUGCACCCACCAACUCCCUGGACUUCCACCUCACCUUCCAGCGUGGAAUCCCCUGAUGAACAAAGCCUGAGGAACAGCAUCUGGCACCUGAUCCAUUCGGCCCUUUCCUUGGAUGCCUCCUUGGACACCAAGGACUCCUCUUGGAACUUCACCAGCUCGGGCCCAGGACGCAUAUCAGAGCAGGAAAGUCCCCCUCGAGGCAGCCUUCUAGCCCUGCAGAACGAUGAGGCAGUGCUGGUCCUGUGCUACUCAGUGCUGGAGGGAAAUUGCCUCUCAUCGAUGCUCACCAUGGCCUGGAAGGAGAUGGAAAAAAGAGUCUUUGGGUUCGGAGACUCGGUGUGUGACAACCUUGGGCGGCACCAUGUGGACCUGUGCCCCGACUGUGCUUUCUGCUCGCUGAAGAGGGAGCAGUGCCAGAACAUUGAGACCCUGAACCGUGUUCACUGCAACUUGGGCAGCUUCUCCACCUACAUGAACCCUCAGAUCUUAGCCCAGCAUGGCAAAAUAGAGGACAAGUCCAGGUCCUCACAGACCCUGGAGCACUACAACAUGGACUUUGUGAGAGGGAUGAGGAUGGAGUACUGGUGCAGCCGAAUGGCCAUCUAUGGCUGUAGGGACCCUGCUGUGAGCUUCUGGCUGAAGGCAGAGUAUGGUGCCUUCCAAGAUGAGGAUGACUCGGGAAAGAUCUGUGACUCGAGUGGUGUUCAGCAUCCCACCUAUUGCAUGUUCAAGAGCUACCAGUGCCUCCUGAAGAGCAUCUACAACCAGAGGGUGACUCGUGUGCAAUGCAAGCCUAACAAGGCCUACCGGGUGCUGAGUGCGAAGGAGGGAGACAAGGAGGUGCAGCUGUGGCAAGAGAAGUUCCAGAGCCUCUCUAGGCAGCAAUCAAAAAAUGAUUAA